CGAACGAACGAACGAAAAAACUAGCACUUCAUAGUGUUCUGCACAGAAAAAAGUGAAAAUGCGUUUCAAACUGUUUGUGGUCUGUGCCAUGGCCUGCGGCUUUAUGGCCUAUGUGCUGGCCAACGAAAACAUAUCAACGGAAGUGGAAGAUCAAAUCAUAAACGCCGCGCCCGCGAAUAAAGCGCCCAAAGCGCCCACACCAAAGGCGGUUGAAUUUGUGGAAAUGGUAGAACCAGUCAAAGCUGCGCCUGCUGCCAAGAAGGCGCUCCCUGCGCCCGCUGCUGCACAACCAAUUAAGGUAGCUGUAUCACCACAAAAGAUGCUGCCAGUUGCCUCUAGUCGGGCCACGGAUGACAUACUAACUGUCGCGGGUUUGAAGCCGCAAGCUAAAUCUGGUGCACUGGUUAUGGCUAAUUACGGUGAUUACCUUGGCGAGUUGUACGACUUGGAUACCAGUGGUUACAAUUGGGAUCCCAAUAACAAUGUGGCACCGCCGGAUACUCCCUCGACUGCUGCUGGCGGUUACACCAUAUCGCCCGCUCGUCUCGCUGAGUUGCGCAGCAAUUUCCUUUACUGGUUCUAUGACAAGGACCAGUAUGGCGGUCGUGGCGACUAUCAGUUUGAUAUUCACGCCUCCAUGACGCAACUGCACAAAAAUCUCAACUUUCAGAUGCCCUUCUAUGGUUUUCGCUUCAAUUACACGCGCUUGUCGCUGAAUGGCUACUUGGAGUUCUCAGAUCCACCCGAGUAUCUAACAUACCCUCUGGUCUUUCCCAUCAAGGACUGGCCCAUCAAGCGUGACCCCUCGUUUAUGGGCAUAUUCUUCAGCAAGUGCCGCGUGGGCAGAAUAUAUCCCUCUGAUUUGGAUCAGCGCACGCCUGGCGUUUACUUCCGCGUUGUGCGUGAUUUGAUGGGACGCACGGAUCGUUUUGGUGUUGAGGUGCGUGAGCGUACCAUGUGGGAUAUACGUACAGGUGUUGUUGGAGCGGAUACCUUUGUGCCCAAGCAUGUGAUGAUUGCUACCUGGAAGAAUGUCUCCUUUGCUGGUGGCAUUGACAACUCGCUAUUUACAACCAACACGUUCCAAAUGAUUCUGGCCACCGAUGAGGUUUACACUUAUGCUAUAUGGAAUUAUGCUGUGCUUAAUUGGCUUUCCCACACGGAGGCGGGCGGUGAUACGACCAAGGGCGAAGGUGGCGUUCCUGCAUUUGUGGGCUUCAAUGCUGGCAACGGCACUCAGGCCUAUGAGUACAAGCCUUAUAGCCAGAACAUGGUCAUACGUGAUUUGGCCAAUCGCGGCUGGGGCAAUGGCUUUCCAGGACGUCAUAUUUUCCGCAUCGACGAGCAAAUUUUAAUUGGCUCCUGCAACAAGGAUAUUGAUGCCGCUUUGCUGCCGCUUACAUUUGCGCCCGAGUCGGGCAACAUGUUGGGAGGACAGGUGGUAAACAUAACGGGACCUUGUUUUGAUCCUAAUAUUCGCGUGACUUGCCACUUUGAUACGGAGUCUGUGCAGGGCACUUAUGUGGAUCGCAAUCGUGUGAUUUGUGUGCAACCUUUCCUCAAGGCCGAGGGCUAUAUACGCUUCCAGAUUUCGGUGGGCACACAGCGCUUCAAGUGGCGCGGCAAGUACUUUGUGGAGACCCCCGCUGCAGCCACGGAGAAGAUUUUCUUCGCCACCGAUGAUGUGCAUCGCCGGAACCCCAAGGAGAUUCGCAUUAGCUGGAAUGCCUUCAAUUUAACCUCGAACUUGAAUGCCAAUGUUAUGAUAUCGCUGUGGGGUUAUCGCGAGACCAAAAUUGAGCCACAAUUGGAGUAUAUUGAUGUCAUUGAGCGCAGCCUUAGCAAUACAGGCAGCUAUGUGAUAACUCCUUCAAGCUACUUGUCGCGUCACAACAUCAACAAUGACAUGCAGUUUGGUUUUCUGCAGAUUAACCUCACACAGCCCGAUCAGUACUCCAAUUUGGCGCUAAGUCCCAUUCUGUGGUCACGACCCAUACCCUUGGCCUGGUAUAUGGCGCCGCAGUGGGAGCAGAAGCAUGGCAAGCGUUGGCCACGUGCUCUAUGCGAUAAUUGGAUACGCGCCGACCGAUUCCUUAGAAAUUUUGCUGCCGACCUGCCAUUGUGUCCCUGUAAUCUGGAGCAAGCCGUUUUGGAUAAAGGUCGCUUCCGUCCGGAUCGUGAGUGCGACAAGGACUCCAAUCCAAGCUGUUUGCGUCAUCGUGGUGCCAUCCAUUGCGUGGUUAGUGGCACACCAGUUGCCCAAGGUGCUGAACAGCAGUGUUGUUAUGAUCGCUAUGGCUUCCUGAUGCUAACUUAUGAUCAAAUGUGGGGCUCACGUCCGCGUCGUAUUCAUAACCUGGGUAAAAUGCCUUGGAACGAGGCCAGCAAGGUGCCCUCGCUGUCCAUGUGGUUCCACGAUAUGCGGCCCUUCUACUCCUGCUGUUUCUGGCAGGAAGAGCAGGCUGUGGGCUGUGAAACCUACCGGUUUGAGCGUCGUCCUUCGCAGGAUUGUGUGGCCUAUCAGGCACCUGGCAUUGCCGGCGUCUUUGGUGAUCCACAUUUAAUAACAUUCGAUGGCACUGCCUAUACAUUCAAUGGACUUGGUGAGUUUGUCUUGGCGCGCAGCACAGACCAGAGCGAGCGCUUUGAGGUGCAGGGACGCUUCCAGCAGAUGCCGCCCAACUACUACGGCCAGGUAAUGGCCACACAGCUCACAGCGGUGGCCAUGAGAGGCAAUACUACCACAACCAUUGAGGUUCGUCUGCGUCCAUUGCAUGCGCGCUGGCGUUACAGAUUGGACGUGCUUGCUGAUGGUCGUCGGGUGUAUUUCGAUCGCGAAAGCUUGAAGUUCCAGCAUUUCGAUGGUGUGACUGUUUACACGCCUACCUAUCUGCUCAAUCAGUCACAGGUGAUUGUGCAGUUUGAUGCAGGCAUUGGCGUCGAGGUGGUGGAGAACGAGGGCUUUAUGACGGGUCGCGUGUUUCUGCCCUGGAAGUUUAUUAAUAAAACGGCUGGCUUGUUUGGAAAUUGGAGCUUCAAUCCCAUGGACGACUUUACGCUGCCUAAUGGCCAGGCAAUCUCACUUAAUGUCAACGAUCAGCGCAGCGUUUACAACAACUUUGGUCUCAAAUGGAUGCUUACAGAUCGGGAUGUGCCCAAUGUGGGCGCUGCCUUGUUCACGCGGGAAUUCGGUCGCAUGGCGAGCUACUAUUCGAAUGUUACCUUCCAGCCCAACUUUAUUGGAAAUCCGACAGACUUCCUACCAGCGAAUCGCAGCUAUGAUGUGGAGCGUGCUAAUGAACUUUGCGGCGAGUGCAACCAGUGCAAAUAUGAUUAUGCCAUGACACUGGAUCGAGAUCUGGCGCACUUUACUAAAAACUACUACGACAGCUUGGUCAAUAUGCAGGCGGAGAAUGCCAAGCGCGUUGUCUCUUGCGGUGUGCUGCAAACGCCGCGCUUUGGUCGCAAGCUUAGCUUUGACUUUAUGCCCGGCGCCAAGGUGUCCUUUGAGUGCAAUGAGGGCUUCAUUCUGAUAGGUGACCAGCGGCGCGAGUGUCUAUCCAAUGGUCUCUGGAAUCUGCCCGAAUACGGCUACACGGAGUGUUUGCGUGAGGUGUAUUACACGCGUCGUAUCGCUUUCAUAGCAAUUGGCAUUAUCAUACUGGUCAUAGUGCCGUUAAUGCUGUGCAUUGUUUGCGGCGUCUAUCGUUAUCGCCAGAAGCAGCUAAAGGAGGAUCCGCAUUGGCAGAUGACCUUGCCGAGAUCGCGUGCCGGCUCGUCGCGUAAUUUGCGCACCUUGAACUAUGAUCCCGAAGAUGAUAGCGAUACCGAUGCGAGCACGCUGAAAAAAAGUAGGUCCUACGAUAAAGUAUAUCGCACGAACGAACCAUUACCGGGCAAACCGCAAAUUGAUUUUCCAGCUAAGAAAUGGGAUCUGGAAGAGCCGGACGAGGAUGUAACCUCAUCGGAAGGUGAGAAACCCAAGCAGACUGGCCGACGCUCCCUGCGCUCCCCCUCUGGGACCGAUUUGGACCAACACGCUGGCGCCGAAGACGAUGAUGACUUUGAUGAGGGCGAUGUGCACACCGGCACCAUACAUCCAGCUGGCUACCACCAACCGCUCUCACCCGACGAGGCUGACCAUCGAGAUCGCCAGCAAUACAGCCCCACUUUCAGUGGCGUCGACAGUCGCACCAGUGCCGCCAGCUCCAUAAACUACACGCCUCAGUCUGCGCUCCAGAAUCGCUUUGGCGGCGUGCCCGUGCUGCCCAACAACACGCAGUACUACAACAGGCCGCCCUCGGGUGUCCCGCAAGCUGCAACUGCAGUGCCCUUGCGUGCGGCGCCCACCUUAACACAGGACAGCGGCUUACCCUCACCACCGCUGGCCACUUCACCCACGCCUUCCGUACAAAAGUCCACCGAGGUCUAACACACACACGCACAUAGAAUACAUACAAUCACGCUUUAAAGUUCAAAUUUACGCAACUAAUUUCUAUAUGAAAGGUAUUUAAUUUUAAGCACAUUAUGUUGCCAUUCUUCCAUUUUAAUUGUUGUACUUCUACCUGCCAUAAUUUAUAAAUCGUUUGAACGCAUUUGUAAUUUGCAUAACAUAUUUGUAUUCGUUGUCUGCCCCACGGCCAUGACCUUUGCAAUUACCAGCCAAUUAAUAUAACUCAACAAUAGCAACAGCAAACAGGCCAUACAUAUAAUAGUUUAAAUACUUCAUGAUUGCCAAUUCACAUUUGCCACAAACAAUUUUCAUGCGCACACACACACAACACACGCAUACACGCAUACAUUUGUAAAUACUUAUAUGCAAGUAUAGCAAUCAUUUUAUGAAAUAUAAUUAAAUUUUGUUAAUAUUUAAAACAA